ACAGAAACUACGUCAUCUUCCUCUUCCGCCGCGGCUCCGGCGCCUGAAACACGAGUGUUCAUCUUUUCUCUCUGUACAAGCGACAUUAGUGAAUAUACUGGACCGAGUGGCAACAUCUAGCUGACAAAAAUGAAACCCAUCCUGCUCCAGGGCCAUGAGAGGUCCAUCACUCAAAUCAAGUACAACAGAGAAGGAGACUUGCUCUUCUCUGUAGCUAAAGACACGGUAGCCAACGCGUGGUACUCAGUCAAUGGUGAGAGGCUCGGUACCUACAACGGACACACAGGAGCUGUGUGGUGUGUUGACUGUGACUGGGACACAAAAAAUGUAUUGACAGGAUCAGCAGACAACAGCUGUCGACUGUGGGACUGUGAGACAGGUAAACAGCUGGCCCUGCUCAACACCAACUCUGCUGUCAGAACAUGCGGCUUUGACUUCAGCGGCAACAUCAUCAUGUUCUCCACAGACAAGCAGAUGGGUUACCAGUGCUUCCUGAACUUCUUCGACCUGAGGGACCCACAGCAAAUCGAGGACAACCAGCCCUACCUGUCGAUACCUUGCAGUGACCACAAGAUUACAAGCGCUGUGUGGGGGCCUCUGGGAGAGUUUGUCAUCGCCGGCCAUGAGAACGGAGAGAUCAACCAGUUCAACGCCAAGUCUGGAGAGGUCCAGAAGAAGAUAAAGGAACACAGCAGGCAGAUCAAUGACAUCCAGACAUCAGUGGAUCUCACCAUGGUGAUCACUGCCUCAAAGGACAACACUGCUAAGCUGUUUGACUCCACUUCCCUGGAUCACAUCAAGACCUUCAAGACAGAGAGACCCGUCAACUCUGCUGCCAUCUCUCCCAUUAUGGAUCAUGUGGUGAUGGGAGGUGGACAGGAGGCCAUGGAGGUCACCACUACCUCCACCAGGAUCGGCAAGUUUGAAGCCAGGUUCUUCCAUGCAGCCUAUGAAGAGGAGUUUGGCAGGGUCAAAGGUCAUUUCGGUCCCAUCAACUGUGUGGCAUUCCACCCUGACGGCAAGAGUUACAGCAGUGGAGGAGAGGACGGAUACGUAAGGAUUCACUACUUUGACCCACAGUACUUUGACUUUGAGCUGGAGGCAUAAACAGCCAGGCCUCUGGACCCCACAGCUUCAGCUAACAUCGGACUCAGUCCAGUCAGGAAGGAUUAACGGACUAGAGUGAAUUUACAGUUGACUGACCACCUCGCCUCCUUCCCUUCAUCUGAACUGAUCUGAAGUGAGGGUACAAGUCACUUGUAGAAGUCUGCAGCCAGUGAUUCAGUUUGGCUUGUGUACCUCUCACAGAUCAGUUCAAAUAAAGGAAAAGAGGUCAGAAAACCACUGACUGCAUUUCAGUGGCAAGAGGGUUUGUGGUUUUUUUAAAAAAAAGAAUUUUUGUAACAUCACUUGGAAACUUUCUAGGUGGGAUCAUGAGCAACUAGGGUUCAAUUUUUGUACUUUGGUUCUUCAAAGUUGUCAUGACUGGACUUAAUCCCACACUCCCUGAUUCCCAGGUCUAUUUAAUCUGAUUCUACAAAGAAGUAGGAUUCGAGCUAUUGAUGCAUUAUCUGUUGUGAAACCAUUCCACCAAAAGUCACCAUAAAGUAACAUAUUCAA